GCGGCGCGGAGGAGGGUUAUCUAUACAUUUAAAACCAAGCCGCCUGCGCCGCGCCGGGAAGACCUGGGGAGCGUCCGGCCGCACGCGCGGGACACGAGCGCCCCACGCUCCCAGGUGCGCACGGCCUGCCAACUCUUGGCCUCCUGCGCCUUGCUGCCUCUGGGCCCCAGACGGCUCCAGACGCGUACCCUGAGGAGUCGCUCCGCGGCACUGUGCCAGGGGCUCCCUUGGGGUUCCGUCGUCCUCCCACCGAGCCCCGUUCCUCUGUCCACCCCUCCUGCUGCUCGCGGGGGCUCGGAGGAGUCGCGGGGCGAGUGGAUGCGGGAGCGAUGGACAGCGGCGCGCUGCCCCGGCCCGCGCCCCCCGCGCCUGGCGUCUCGGGCUGCUGCGCCGCACGGCGUAGACCCACGUCCCCAGAGCUGCUGCGCUGCAGCCGGCGGCGACGGCCGGGCGCGCCGGAGACUGGGGGUGGCGCGGCGGCUGUGGCGCGGCGCAACGAGCGCGAGCGCAACCGCGUGAAGCUGGUGAACUUGGGGUUCCAGGCGCUGCGGCAGCACGUGCCGCACGGCGGCGCCAGCAAGAAGCUGAGUAAGGUGGAGACGCUGCGCUCGGCGGUGGAGUACAUCCGCGCGCUGCAACGCCUGCUGGCCGAGCACGAUGCGGUGCGCGCCGCGCUGGCCGAGGGGCUCCUGGCGCCAGCCGCGCGCACCCCCGCGGCCUGCGGGCCUCCCGGGACCCCCGCCGCCGCCGCCGCCGCCGCCUCGCCUUCUUGUGCCUCGUCGUCCCCGGGCCGCGGGGGCAGCUCGGAGCCCGGCUCACCGCGCUCCGCCUACUCGUCGGACGACAGCGGCUGCGAGGGCGCGCUGAGCCCGGUGGAGCGCGAGUUGCUCGACUUCUCCAGCUGGUUAGGGGGCUACUGAGCGCUCCGCCCCCGAGGUAACCUCCGGCGGCGGGGGGCGGGGGGUCGGAGCGGGCAGCCGCGCGGGGUGCAGUGGACAGCUUCUCGGCUCGCGCCCCGAGAGCAGCCAAGCGCCACGCCAGGCCCGGGUGACGGCUUCAAUUUCGCUCACUCUUCAUUUUCCCCAAACUUUUUCAAGCCUGUGCAAGACCGGCGUUUGUUUGUCUGGGAUUGCAAAACUUCCUCUCGCUGCUGCGCCGAAGGGGGAGCGGGGAGGGGGAGCCCUCGGGCGGGUGAGGCCCCGAGUGCACGCGGAUCCCGGGGCAGAGCUGGGCGCUGGGAGGCGGGGUGACUUUGCAUUGCAAAUCGCGCGCCGGGGCCCGGUGGCAGGAAUGAGUCGGCGGGUGCGGAGCCCUGACUCACCGCCGCUCCGAGCGCCCGCCCCGCCCCCGCCCCCGCCCCCGCCCCGGCCGAGGCCGCAGACCGAAUCCGAGGCACCCACGGACUCUGGCGCUCCAAAACCAACCAGGCAAACGAAACUGCAGACUUCGCUCGUGGGCGGUGGGGCCGCGCCGGAUCCCGCAUUGCUGCGCGGCCCGCUGCCCCUCCCCGCCCGGCAGCCGCAGCCGUGGACCCGCAGCGGGCGGAGCGCUCAGGCCCUGGGAACGAGGUGGGUGGUCCGCGCCUCGGCCCCUCGGCCCCGCGGGCGAAGCCACCGCCACCCACCGAGUCAGCCGGGACCCCGCCAACGGUCCCGUGCCGUCCAGCCUGACCGGGUGCCAGCGUGGAGCCUGUCCUGGCCUGACCUCCGGCGGCUGGCAGCUUCCUCAGACCGCGACCGUCCUGCCCCCGGAGGGUCUCCACUGCCAUGGGGCUGUACGCCAACACGGACAGGUGUGAACGGGAGAGGAUUUUAUAAGGACACAGAACAUCCGUUUGGUGCAUUUAUUAGUUUGAACUGCCCAGGAACACCGGCCAUGUGAAGACUUCGUUUGUACAUAAAGCCCCCAGACUUUGACCACAAUAAAGAUUGUCUACUCCCGCCCCACCCCACUACUGGAACUUUCCAACCUGGCUAAGGGCUGGACCCCUACUGCCCCCAGGGCCAGUGUCCCUGGCAGGCGUCCCCUUGAAGCAGCCAGGUGGAUGCUGGGCAGUGCCCCUGGACGAGGACCCACCUUUUUGGAGAACCUGUUUUAGGGGAGGUGAACUUCACAAAUAAAGCAGUGC